AAAUCAAAUUACAUGAUGAUUGAGGAUAAUAAAGAGAAUGAAGACCAUGCAUCUGAAAGAGGAAGAGCAGCUAUCAUUUUUUCCUUGAAGAAUGAAGUUGGAGGUCUUUUGAAAGCAUUAAAACUCUUUCAGGAGAAGCAUGUCAAUCUGGUACACAUUGAGUCACGGAAGUCCAAGAGACGGAAUUCGGAGUUUGAGAUCUUUGUGGACUGUGACAGUAACAGGGAACAACUGAAUGAGAUCUUCCAGCUCCUGAAAUCCCACUUCAAUGUUGUCUCUAUGAACCCAACAGAGCACUUCAAUGUCCAGGAAGAUGACAUGGAGAAUGUUCCCUGGUUUCCGAGGAAGAUCUCAGAUUUGGAUAAGUGUGCAAACCGAGUGUUGAUGUAUGGGUCCGAUUUGGAUGCUGACCAUCCAGGUUUCAAAGACAAUGUCUAUCGUAAGAGGAGAAAGUAUUUUGCAGACCUGGCUAUGAACUACAAACAUGGUGACCCAAUUCCCAAGAUUGAAUUCACUGAAGAGGAGAUCAAGACCUGGGGGACUGUGUACAGAGAGCUUAACAAGCUUUACCCAGCUCAUGCCUGCAGAGAGUACCUUAAAAACUUACCCUUGCUCACCAAAUAUUGUGGGUACAGGGAAGACAAUAUCCCCCAGCUGGAAGAUGUGUCUCGCUUCCUGAAGGAGCGCACAGGUUUCACCAUCCGCCCUGUUGCUGGAUAUCUGUCGCCCAGAGACUUCUUGGCAGGAUUAGCAUUCAGAGUUUUUCACUGCACUCAAUAUGUUAGACACAGCUCGGACCCUCUCUAUACACCAGAACCUGAUACCUGCCAUGAGCUCCUAGGUCAUGUCCCUCUUUUGGCUGAACCCAGUUUUGCUCAGUUCUCCCAGGAAAUUGGUCUUGCAUCACUCGGGGCAUCAGAUGAGGCUGUCCAAAAACUGGCAACAUGCUACUUCUUCACUGUAGAGUUUGGCUUGUGCAAGCAAGAGGGACAGCUACGAGUUUAUGGGGCUGGCUUGCUUUCUUCAAUUAGUGAACUCAAGCACUCACUCUCUGGUGGUGCCAAAGUCAAGCCUUUUGAUCCAAAGGUCACCUGCAAGCAAGAAUGCCUCAUAACAACUUUUCAGGAGGUUUACUUUGUUUCUGAAAGUUUUGAAGAAGCAAAGGAAAAGAUGAGGGAGUUUGCAAAAACCAUCAAGCGUCCAUUUGGUGUGAAGUACAAUCCAUAUACUCAAAGUGUGCAGAUCCUUAAAGACACGAAAAGCAUUGCUAGUGUGGUGAAUGAGCUACGUCAUGAGCUGGACAUCGUCAGUGAUGCCCUUAGCAAGAUGGGCAAGCACCUGGAAGUUUAA